AGCACACACAUUGGAUUGUCCGCAUCAAGGCUUCACAAUAAGCAUGAAAAUUUGCAGCUGUAAAUGUGCAUUUGUUUUCUUCAAUGUGCUGUUCAUGGCAUCUGGGGUUGCCCUCAUCGUCGUCGGAGUACUGCAACACACCACUUACAUGCAGAUAGGCACUUUCGCAGGGAGCGCCCUGUCUAAAAUCGCUAUAGUCCUCAUCGCAGUGGGUGUCACCAUAACACUCGUCUCUUUCCUGGGUCACAUUGGGGCAUGCUUUAAUAGUAGUCCGAUGGUGACUUGUUUCAUCUGUGUCCUCAUAGCGAUCAUCAUAAUGGAGAUACUCACAGGGGCUGCUUUUUAUUUCUUCCGCAGCAAGACUGCCCUCCUGAAGAUGAAAAGUGCUAUGAAGAAAAAAGCUUCAGGGGCGGUCCAUGAAUACAGUCAAGAGAAGAGACACGCCAUCAACAGAAUUCAGGAAAAGUUUAAAUGCUGUGGUGCAAUGAGCCCCGGUGAUUGGUCCUCGAGUGUGGGCUGGGAAAACCACGAUGCCGUGCCAGAUUCCUGCUGCAAGGAGAAGAGUGAUGAUUGUGGGAAGGACCUGAAGAACGCAUACGAAUCGGGUUGUGUCGAGGCCAUCAACAUAUUUCUGCUAAAGAAUCUGGUGUGGGUCGGCGCUCUCUGCAUUACUCUUGGGAUUCUAGAGGUUUUCGGAGUGGUACUCGGGGUGUGCUUCUGUAUGACCAUAAGACGAAACAAAUACCAAAACAUCGAGUGAUGUGUCAUCCUUCUCAAGUAUGGAUGAUUUCUCACAGCAGCCGCAGAUUUGAUCUAUUGGGUUUGAUUUCUCAGUUUAUUCGUGCUACGCUUUCUAAAAAUGUGACCUAAAGUUUAAAUAUGUAGUUCAUAUUUUGCUGAUAUGUUUGGAAAAACAAGU